AUGUCACACCACACUCGACAUUUGGCCUGGCCGCGCUAUACCCAGUCUCCUUUUGGCGCGCAUUUUCAGCUGUUGUCAUUUGCAAAGGGUUAUGUUGUCAGGGAGGCCAUUUUGAAAUUCAGAGUUAGUGAGAAACAUGAUGGCAACCUCGCCGCGGAAAGCGUUCUAUAGUGACAGAAAGGAAAUUAGCUGUAAUAGAGUAGGGAAGAUUCAAAGUCAUUUGGCAAGCAACAGAUUCAACAUCAAUUGCCUUUUGAUAAUUGCAGGUAUAGACAGCAGGUUUAAUAGUGGCAGUAGAAAUGUAUUGGAAUAUAUUCUACCUGGAUUCAAUGCAAGUGUAUCAAAAUUGACAAUUUCAAGUGACAGCAUUGGUGAGGAUGCUUUGGAUGAUUUGGUAAUAUGUAUCAGAAAAGGAAGCAUCCAUGCUUACUGCAACCCAGAAAAUUAUGACUUGUUCAUAUCUUAUGCUGCUAGCUGGGAUAACCUUGAAGUUUAUUGCUUGGACAAGUCUGAGUAUGACAACCACGAAGAUUUGAGUGAAGAGCUAAAAAUUUCAAGCUUGCUUGUGAUGGUAGAGGGAUGUGCAACUGUUGCGGUCCCAUACAACUAUGGCAUUUCAUCAAAGUAUCAGUCCAUUCCAUUUGACCCAAUGCUGAUCGAACAAUGGCCUCUCAUCCAAGCAUAUGCUUUGGAAGAAAUUGGAGGUGGCGGCUUUUUCACCAUGAAGCACCAGGUUGUUGAAGGGACAGAAUUCCUUAAUGACGCUUUUGCCACACUUAACCAGUUUGAUUUGGAGAAUCUUGUCACGCAGCUUUUACCACAAUUUGAGCAACAGUGGAGAUCACUAAUUGAAAGUGUAAGCAUGGUCAGUGACCAAAACAUUGGAAAUUUGGAUCGAUUGAAGGUGGAAGAACCAUUGAAGACAUAUUUUCACCAUGGUGCUGAUGAAAGAAAGCUGGAGGGCUUGAGUGAGCCGUCCGUCAGAUUUGGAGUUUUUACCGGUGAAAAACAAGCAGAGCUUUCAAAGAACGGAGGAAAUUUGUUAAAAGAAAGCGGGAUUGAUCGAACACUUGCCCUGCACAUGGUCUGCGAAGGGAAAGAUUCCAAAGGGAUGGUCUCGUGCACAAGGACCUACUUGAUCGAGCCCACAGUCAAGCAAUCAAACGAUGGGGCUACAAAAGACGAAGAAACAGACACCAAGGAAAUUAGGGUUUUAAGAGACUGUUAUGAAUUGGCUUGCGAAGCCUUUGAUUUGGCUGUUGAUGAAUACAAGAAGACUUUGGAUUUUGCGAAGUGUCAAGAUGUUGCUGUCCAACACAUCAUAAAAUCUGCUAAAGAAAGGAAGUCUGAUUUUGUACCAAAGAAAUCUGACAUUGAUGUCACGUGGAAGUCGGUGGAUCAAAACGGCAGCGAGAACGCCUCAAUAACUGGUACAUGCAAGAGUUUACGCAUCGCCAUAAACGAUAUUCCAAGCCAAAAAUAUCAAGGGAAAUCCCUAGGAUCUAUCUGCUUUUCAGACACAUUUCUCGUAUCAACAGUUAAUCUCAAAUGUGUCCAAGAAAGAGUCAGUACUGAGUGUGUGCUGUUAACACGUGGGGUGCCAAGAUUUAUCAGUUGGCCGACCGAGAAAGGAGCCUGGGUCGGUAAAGAUGUUGACAUCAAAGAGAAGUUCACUGCCUACGGGCGCUGUUUGAUGGAGAAAGCGACCGCCAUGCUGAUUGUGGGGCAGUGGCCCACAUUUCAGACGGAAGAGGUUACGUUUUACGGCUUCGAAAAUUGCUUGAUUCUUCAUCACAAACAAAGUGGAUAUCUAUCAUUCCCACUGGACCUCUUCGUGUCUUGGAGCACAUUUGACAAUGAUUCCAUUAGCUCAAUCACGCUGCUUACAAUAAAGCCCAGUGAGAAACUGCUACAUUCGCUGCCGUUUUGGCUGGAGAAAGACAAUGAGGUGGUCGUUGCUUUCCUCCCGAGGUCCAAAGCUCAUGCUGGAUUUUACGAUGAAGCUUUUCAUUUUUGGAAGGAGAAUAAGAAUUGUCCCUUGAAAAGCUGCAAUGAUUUGCCGAAAGAACAGGAGAUGAUGUACGACUGCCUCUAUGAAAGGUUCAGGACACUGGAUGAGAAAAUGCUUCCUUUUGCAAGACAACUUAAAGUAUUUCCCAACCUUAAAAGGUUCUUCAAGCAUUUCGAAAUAUCUUCACACACCUCACAACCUCUAGAAGAGAAGGACCUUAAUGUUCUCUUGACGCCAGCUAAUGCUACGAAGGAGAAGAAUUCGUUGCCAGCUGAUGAUUCCGAGCUGUUAUUGACAAUCGUCACUGGUCUUCCUGGCAGUGGAUCUGAGACUUUAUGCAAGACUUUGAUUUCCCUUGCAAGGGAGGCAAGCCGAUGGGUUGCUAUCAAAGUGCCGCAGGAUAUAAAGCAGUCAUUUGAUGCAAAAGCUUUCCAAGACCAGCUUGCCUUGACAUUCCGAACUUUGACGCAACAAAAGGGAAGAUACGUCGCUAACAUUAGAAAGAGAAGGAGACUCAUUAUUCAAACCAAUGGGUUUGUUGACGUCAGAGAUAUCAUCGAUGCUGUUCAGGAACACCCAGAUCAGUAUGUUCGAAGCAACCUCAAAAUUGGCUCAGUCACGUGCUGUGUGAAUCCGAACAACAUUUUCUUACGUGGAAGGAUGCAUUUGCCGUUUUUGUUGGAACAGUGUCGUUCAGGGUUUGUCAGUAAUGCUGUGUUUACAAGCUGUACAGAGCCAGAAAAGGCGGAUUCUUUCUCCAAUUGUCAACGACUUAUUCGCUACUGUAACCCAGAAGUAUCCUUCCUAAUUGCCAAAGGCGGAGAAGUUUCCAGGACACCUGAUAUUGAGCUGAUUUUGUCUGACUCUUCAUUUCAAGAAUCUAAAGCUCUUAGAGCAAGAAUUUUUUCCGAUGGGAAAAGGAGCCGGCACUGCGAAAAUGCUGUUAACCAGAUAACCUUAUUCUUCACGGAAGCCCUUGACAAGACACAGUUUAUGAGCAAGAUUAAGCAUAUGAAGGGAAAGUUACCUAUAGAUUGCCAGAUUCAAGGAACCGUCCUAUACAUGGAAGGGAAAGUCACCUUCGCAGGUUUCCCGGAUGUUCAUGAAUUCAAAUGGAGUAAACUUCUAGGCAUGACAUCCUUUACUGUCGCUAGCACGCAGUUAUCACCGCGCCCACCAUCUUCCAGGAAAUCUUUCAACGGUAAUGACCAGGAAAAGGGGGAGAACCAUGUUACUUUCUUUGGCCUAGGACUGUGUCAGGAUGAUAUGAAAGGACUGAUGCAGACUUGGACAAUGCAGAGAAAAUCAUUUCUCAAGCGCGAAGACAUCUCGAAAGAAAUACUUGAAGAUAUCAAGGUGAAACACAAACUUGAGCCUCUUCCUGCUGGCUGGUUCUUCAACGGAUCACAGUAUCUAAACUUCGAAGGCGAGAAGAUGUUUGAUCAUCCAUCAUUUGAAAAGCACGUAGAUGAAUAUAUCCAAAAGGUCAACAAAGAAAUCACGUCUUACAACGAUCGUGUUGCUCAGCAACAUCUUUUUGCAGAUUAAUUCAAAAAAUUCAUCGCUGCUUUAUUUUGUUCCCAACGUUUUAAAGAAAUCUAAAGCUUUUAUGAUAUUUAUUUUAUUGUCAGUGUUGUAAAAAUUGUAAAUAUUGUUCUUAGUUGCAAAGUUCCUAAUGCGUCUUUUUAAUAUUUAUAAAAUUAAAUGCCCUUCCACCUACCCAUGCCCGUAGGAUUCUUUUGUUCCCCUACCCUUCCAGCUAUUCUACUUCACUGAUAGUGAAGGAAGUAGCCCGGGUUGCUCCAGGCCCACGUCACCUUGAUAAUUAUGUUAACAUAUGUUAGACUUUAUCUGUCCAGUGUUUAUAGGGUGAGCAACAAUGCCUUGCAGUGCAAGAGCAGAUUUUGCAAGAGCAGCCACUCCAACGCCCUCAAUCUUCAAGGCUUUCGUCUUCUCAAUUUCUGUUCUCAAUUCUUCAAAAUUCAGAAUAUUAUUGUGUGUUUUUGUCCGAAUCACAUUGCUAAUCUCUCACAUAUAUUGAUUUUUCUGUAUUUCGCUCUAAUAUUUCCGAAUAUCUUUACGAGGAAUGAUUUCAUUGAUCGUUUUUUUUGUUAGGGCAUAUGAAUUUCAUUGUUAUCCACGGGAACAAUGUUCCUUUGCUAUUUUUUCCAUCCCUCUUUUCCUUGGCAAGCGAAGAAAGAUUUUUGCUCGCGUAUAUUGGAUUGAAUUGGGG